CUAAAAACACAUAAAGACUGUAUAUAUAAAUUUCAUAUGAAAAUGGUUUUAUUCGAAAAAAUCUCAACUCACUGGAACAGUCUGAAUUAAAUUUUUGAGAAUUACUUCAAUUACAGUGUUAAGAAAAACUUCAAAUACGGAAACUAGACGUCUUCUAGGAUAUUGGUGAAUAUAAUCUUCUCAUAAAUUGUUAGAAGUUAUGAAUAUUUAACCACACAAGAUGGUUUUGUCGGCAGAGUCUCUUGGCAGCAUGUUCUAUGUUGUCAGCCCGAACAAGACGACAUUCGAAAACGUGGAAGAUGUUCCAAAUUAUUAUGUUGAAGCGAUUCCAUGGAUGUUAGUAUUUGUAUUUGUCGAACGAUUGUAUCUGUGGAAAGAGAAGAAAAUCGGGAAUGUUAAAGAUGUGAGACUCAAUGACAUGUAUGGAUCUGCGUCGCUGGGUCUGAUGGAUCAAAUCACGAAGCUUGUACUCGAAGGUUGGAGGUUUGCAGUUUAUGCUUAUAUAUACACUCAUUGGAGAAUUGUUACCCUUCCGUGGGAUUCUUCGUGGACAUGGAUCAUCGCAUUCUUGGUCGCUGACUUUCUUUAUUACUGGACUCACAGAGCGAGUCAUGAAAUCAAUAUACUGUGGGCAGGUCACCAACUUCAUCACAGUUCCGAAGAUUAUAACUUUACAACAGCUCUGAGACAAUCUAUUUUGGUAACACAUUUUGUGUGGGUACUUUAUCUUCCUGCUGCAAUGAUAGUUCCCCCAGCUGCGAUGCUAGUCCAUUAUCAACUAAAUUUUCUUUAUCAAUUUUGGAUUCAUACAGAGGUAAUUAAAUCUAUUGGACCUCUGGAAUAUAUUCUAAAUACAGCUAGUCAUCACAGAGUACAUCAUGGACGAAACAGAUAUUGCAUUGAUAAGAAUUAUGCAGGGGUUCUCAUCAUUUGGGAUAGACUGUUCGGAACUUUUGAAGCCGAAAAGGAUGAUGAGAUCGCUUAUGGGCUGAUUCAUCCGGUCAACACUUUCGAACCAGUGACGAAUCAGUUUAGCUAUUUUCUGUCCAUGCUGAAAACUACGUGGUCAAUGGAAGGCUGGAGGAACAAACUGUCUGUUCUUUUCAAAGGUCCCGGAUGGUCACCUGGAAAACCAAGGCUAGGAAAUAUAGAAGAUAUUCCUGAGGUAGAAUUUCCUAUUCAAAAAUACGACCCACAACUUCCAUUACCCUAUCAGCUAUAUUGUGGGUUUCACUAUUUAGCAGUAAUAUUCUUUUACGUCGUAUUACACCAUAUUCAACCCAUGACACCUCCAGGAGUAGUAAUUGGUGUUGUUUCUUACUUAGUAUUCACUCUUGCGGUGCUUGGAAUUAUUUUUGAUGGAAAGCCAUAUGCUGUCCUGGUGGAGAGCUUUCGUUGUCUUCUGUAUGUCGUUGUAGACUAUUAUUUAUCUCCCUGGAUUGCGGUUUCCCCAACUGUGCCGACAUCUGAAGCUUAUCUCUUAUUAAUAAAUCGGGGCAUAUAUUUGAUAUCAGGAACGUUUUGGAUGACUAUUUUAUUAAAUGGUUUUAAGAUAGCAUGGCACUCUAAAAAAUUAAAAUCAUAAAAAUGAGGAAUUCUGAUUCAUUUGUAGAAGAUUUUCCGAGAGAUUUUCACCUGUAACUUUUCAUUAUAUUAUGUAUGAAUAACAAUUUCAUUACUUUUUAAAUAAUUUUAUCUGUUGUUAUUUACAUUGUGUAAGUAAACAUGUUUUUAACAGACACAUGAUGUAUUCCAUAAGCAACUCUGUUGAUUGAUAUCAAGACUAUGGUACUGUUAAAAUGUAUGAUAGCUGUUUUUUUAUUGUACAUAUUGUAAAUUUAUCGUUAAUUCCACAACAAAUUACUAUGUUUUAGCAGACAUAUGAUGUAUUCCAUAAGCAGCUCUGUUGAUUGAUAUCAAGACUAUGGUAUUGUUAAAUAGCUGUUUUUUUUAUUGUACAUAUUGUAAAUUUAUCGUUAAUUCCAACAACAAAUUACUCAUGCUCUUAAGCAAUAACAGAUUCAAAAUUAGUUAAGAAAAUAAAAGAGUAUGAUUAAUUAAAAACAUAAAAUAAAAGCACAGAGUAAAAUUUUCCCCCUUUGUUAUAAUAUUAUAUGUUUUCUUUUUAUAAUUAUAGCUUUAUCCUUGAGGGACAUUAUAAGUAAUUUUUACUUCACAUAUUUUAAAUAUGAUUCGAAUCAUCUGAUUAUUUCGUUUACAAAAGUGUAUUCUUUUUAAUCACAAACUGAAAUAACAUAAAUUUACGAUUCAAGCACAAUUUUAGGAGGACUGAAUACGUUUUAACAUUUCAAUUUCAAGUGCAAAGUAUAUUUACAAACUUUAAGAGUACAAUGGAAGCCGCAAACAGAUAAUUUGCAUAAAAUAAUUUUGCAAGGUCCAUUAAAUAAAUAAUAACGUCCGAAACACUAUAUUUGCAUAUGUAUGUUCGUAUAACUGCUAUGCUACAUUAAAAAUGAGCAAGAUUUUAUAAUUAAGAGGAAAAAGAAAAUGUAAUUUCAAUUUAAUCAUAUUGUUAAAAGAUGCAUCAAUUUAUAGUUCCUUCAUUAUAAAUGCUAAUCUUGAUUUAAAUUAAUUUUUUUAUAUUAACAUCUGGUUUUGAAAAAGAAUCGAAAAUAUUUUGGGUCUGAUUUCGUUUAAACCGUAAUUAGAACAAUAGGAUGACACCUGAGACUGUACUUCAUCUUGAAAAACUUCCGCACCACAUUACAGGGAAAGCAUUCUUUUCUUGAUGUCGUCAUGCAUUAAAUCCAGAUAUAUGGAAAACUUUUGUUGAACCGAACUUGAAAACUUUUGUUGCAGAAAUCGGGAUCUCAGAACACAAAAACAGCAGCCAGGGACAAAAACGCAGCGUCAUUAAUCAAAAACAUGUUCUUUUUCCGCACAGAUAUUUUAAUUUUUGUGAAAAUUGUCAGCAUUACUUUGAUUUCUAUCUUGCACUUAAUAAAACUUUGAUUCAGAUAUACCAGAAAAUAUAGAUUUUUAAUGCAAUAUAGUUUUCAAUUUCUUUCGCGACCGUAACUACUCUUGUUUGUUGUAAAUGAAACUAUUAAGAUUAUAAGAGAAUUUCUCUAUUUCUUAUGCCCAAUCUUACCAUCUGCAUUAUAUUAAUGUCUUUGUAUAUUUUUUAAUUAUUAUAACUUGUAUCUUAUUUUUGUGUAUUGUUUAACACCAUUACUUAUGUACAUAUAUUUUACAUAUACAAUAUUUAUGCUUGCUUCUUAAAAUUAUAAAGUUUUUUUCAACGAACAAGAAAACUUGUGCGCAAUAAAAUAUUCUGAAAUAGUUCUUAUAUAGUUGUUGUUUCUGUAGCUUAAGUAAUAAAAUAAAUUGAAAAGUAUACACAAAAAUAUUUUCUAAAAUAUUUACUGUGAUUCAAGUAAGUAAAAGUUUUUAUAUCUGUAUUUUAUCAGUUGCUUUGAAAACAGAAAAGGCCAUGAUCCUAGGUGACAGUAAAAAUAAACACAUAUCAGAUUCUAUAGCUCAUCAAAACUUUUAUAAAAAAUAUCUUGCAUGAAACAUAUUGUUAGGAAAUUUUUUGAAGGGCUAGAAUUUUCUCAAAGUUCUGACCUGGAAUAAGUUAAUU